AUGACCGUCUGGGCACCUGGAGGAGACCCCAGACAGUCUGCGACGGUGCCAGACAGUCUUUUAAACAGCGGGGUAUCUACAGGAGACUCCGAGACAGUGUGCGACGGUGCCAAGACCGAGACUCCUAGACAGUCUGCGACGCUGCCAGAAAAUCUCCCAGACCAGCGAGGCACCCGCAGGAGACUCCGAUACAGUCUUCGACGGUGCCAUAACGGUCUAGGCAGCUGCAGGAGACUCCCAGACGGUGCCAGAAGUCUCCAGACCGUUAGGGCACCUUCAGGAGAAUCCCAGAUAGUCUGCGACGGUGCGAAUACCAUCUGGGAGACUCCCAGACAGUCUGUAACAGUGCAAGACAAACUCUCACUCCGUCGAAGAGUGUUUGGUGAAUCUCCUGCAGGUGCCCAGACGGUCUUGGCACCGUCGCACACUGUCUCGGAGUCUCCUGCAGAUGCCCGAUGUUUAGAAGACUGUCUGGGAUUGUCCUUAAGAAACCAAGCCAGACUAAAAGAUGGUCUGAAAGAGGCUUUCAAGAAAAGUAUGGAACCAGUGGUUGAUCUUGUGAACAAACGUUUCUCACAAAUGAGCUUGAAAGGAAACCCUGUUAAAACUUUGAAAGGGGUAUCAGAUGAAGAGAUCACAUCCAUCUUAGAUAUCACUGGUGUUGGCUUUGGAGCAGAUAGUCCAGUAGCCACAGCUGACACAAAAAGCGCUGAAUUGAAGAAAAGCAAGCAUCUGCAGGCAUGCUUCUACUGCUUCCAGUUAAAGAAGUGUUCAUCCGAUGAAUGUGGCUACUGCUCCGUUAACCCAGUCCGAGAUCAGGAUGUUUUUGACCGCCUCAGGUUCCUCCCUGAACCAAAGCCUGACGAAAAUGGUGAACACUACCUACCAUUCAGUGAGUUGUUUGGGAAAGCCCUGACCCGUGACAAGUACAGACCCUCAACCAGACCAUGUGGAACCUAUGAUGAGGAAUUACAAAACCAUGAUAAAGAGAAUCGAGAAAUUUUGAGGAAUGAGAAGCUUCGAGAUGCUGUCCUUUGCGGAGAAUGUAGCAGGCCAAGAUGUGUCUUUAGUCCAAACAAGCUUGACCGACAACAGGAGGAAUUCUUGCGGAACAUUAAGGCAUGCCAUUCGUAUAUCUGUGGAGAUCAGUUGGAAGAUGCACCUGACCUGUAUGUUCGGAGAUGCGUGACCUGCAGCUCUGAGGUGGAAACAGCUUAUUUCUCAGCCAAGUGUCGGCAUUACCUACCACCAGUGUGCAUCCACUGUGGAUCUCCUGACUGUCUGUUAGAUGACAACGAUGCAUAUAUUGCAGAUUUGUAUACAAAAUAUUCCAUUGUCAGGCCAAUUUGUGUGUCUUGUCGACAUUCUGGAAAAGAGGCAAAAACAUGGGGCGCCAAGAAGUUUUUAAAAAAACAAAAAGUCAAAUGAACUCAUUCAAGCCUUCAAAAGUUCUUACUUUGAUUUGGUUUGUAAAUGAGACCAAAGCAAAAGAAUGUGUUUAUGAUGACCAUCAUCAUCAUGUUUAUAAAUGUUAACAUGUUGUGAUUGAAAAUGAAAAAUCAUGGAUUGGAAUAAAGAGCAAAUGCUUUAACUUUUAAAAAUAUUAGUGUUUCGUAUUUUCCAGUUUAAUUUCUAUUUCUACAGAUUUUAAUUGUUUUGUGUUAAGAUUAAAGUUGAUACUAGUCAUUUGUGAUUGCACUUUUCUUGGAAAAGUAUGUUUUAUUGUAAAUUGAUGUGUUUUACAAAUAGUCACGCUAAAUAUUGUUCUACUACUAUUGUUAUAAAUAUAUAUUAUAGUACUAGUCAUUUAAUAAAUAUACUAGAACUGAUACUAGUCGUUUUAUGCCCCCGGUAGGGUGGCAUAUAGCAGUUGAACUGUCCGUCUGUCUGUCCGAAAACUUUAACAUUGGCCAUACUUUUUGCAAUAUUGACUUGAUAUUUGGCAUGCAUGUGUAUCUCAUGGAGCUGCACAUUUUGAGUGGUGAAAGGUCAAGUUCAUGUAAAAAAAUAAAUAUAUAUUUUCAAAGCGGCGCAGUAGGGGGCAUUGUGUUUCUGACAAACACAUCUCUUGUUUGGCACUCAAAUUAGACAAAUAUAUGUCACUGUGCUAUGUUAAAAUAAAGGGCUCCUACUAAUCACAUCUAUAAAUAGUUUUGAUUAAAAGGCAUGUGUUUUAUAUUAAAAUAAAAUAACUA